AUGUCUCUUUGGAUGAUAUUGCCUGUCAGCCUCCCAGCUUUGACCAUCACUGGGAUAUGGGUUGUGUAUGCUAUGGCCCUGUACAACCAGCAUGUCUGCCCCGUGGAUAACUGGUUGUACAACCAGUCGUGUGAAGAGGAGCUUUAUUUGCAGAGCGGGCCAACUUUGUGCUGCACCCUAGAUAAUAUACCUCUCAUCAGUAAGUGUGGGACUCUUCCUCCUGAAAGCUGCUUCUUUAGCCUCAUCUGCAGCACCGGAUCCUUCAUGGUGAUGGUGAUUGUGCUACUACGCUAUGCCCACGUCAUCGAGAAACACCAGAAUUGUGUUCUCAACACGGCAGGCCUGUCCACGGGCUGGAUCUGUGCAGCGGGACUAAUCAUGGUGGGCAACUUUCAGGGAGAGGAGAGGAGCGCUGCUCUGGAAAACUGGGAGGAAUUUCAUGGAAAGAGCUUGGGGAAAUGA